AUGGGUCGUGCAUGUAAGCCACAUGUGAUCUGUCUCCUUCUCCUUACUCUGCUGCUUCUCUACCUACUGCCGUGGUUCCGGUCAGGCUCUCUGCAGCCUGCUAGUGGCUUCUUCAACUACGAGGUCGAUGAAAUGUUGGGUCAAGAAAGACAGGGAAAAGUCCAAGAGUCCAGGUCCAAUCCGGAUGUUGUGGCUGAGGCAGGGUUGGGAGUGGGCCAGCCUGGACAGAGGAGGCUGUGCCCGCCGGGAAGUUUUCGAGUGUCCACGAUGGAAACUUGUAUGCCAUGGCUUGGUUGUAAAGAGGUAACAGAUGAGGUGACCACUCUGCACAAAAUAGGAUCAGGCUUUGUGAAGAAGGUUUACAAAGCUAUCUGGAGAAACCACACAGUGGCGUACAGUAAGCUGACGAAGAUGGCUCCGGUUAAGCUCGAGUACUUCUCGCGAGACAUAAAGAUGCUGAAGACCCUGCAACACCCUUCUGUUUUGCAGUAUGUGGGAUCAUGCAACACAUCUCUCCUUACAGAGUUUCAUGAAUUUGGAUCUGCAAACUCCGUUGAGGAAAUCCUGAAGUCAAAUGAAUACAGCAAGUUUAACAAUGUCCGAACAAGAUUUAAGAUAGCCUUGAGUUACCUACAAGCAAUACAUUUCCUGCACAAUAGUCCAAUUGGUACAAGAGUCAUGUGCGACUCACACAAACUCCAAAAAACUUUAACUCAGUUUCUUAUCACACAGGAUUUUAAACUUGUCUUAAGUGACCUGGAUUUCAUACCAGAAGUAAAUCAUGAAGCAAAUCUUUUCGUUAAGUGUAGACACAAAAGAAUUAUGUCAGGCUUUGUUGCCCCUGAGCAGCUUUGGCCCUUUGGAAAUGAAACAUUAGAUUAUUCAAGAAUGCCUCCUUAUGAUGAAAAAACUAAUAUUUGGAAAAUCCCAAGAGUUGUUGACUACUUACUGGGAAAUGUAAAUGGAAGUGAUGUUGUUAGGUCACAUUUGUUCAAAGUGCACCAACAGUGUCACAAUAGGGACCCCAGGCAACGACCAACUACAAAGGUAUUGUUUGAGGAGUACAACAGGGUUAAGAAUAUGCUUUUUUCUGAACAUAUAACAAAUAGCAUAGUUAAUCAGACAAUGGGCAUUUCUUAG